AUGUUUCGAAAAUCAUGGCGCCAGAGUCAACCACACUGGGAUUUCCCGAAUCCACCACCGGUGAAGGGUUUACGAAGAGUGAACACCGCCGAGAUGAUCGAGAAUCGUUUGGAUGAUGAGAUUCAUGAGACUGGAUAUCAACAAAGGGAUCCAGAAAAGGGAUACGCUCAAAAGAAUGACGAAUUGAAGUUGAUGAGACAAAGCCCGGGAUCCUCUCUUGCGGAAGUGAUACGGCAAUCGAUCAGAAAAUCAUCGCUGAUGAGUCUCGAGGAUUCAACCUCAUCAUCAGCCUCAAUAAACGGAAUCACUUCCUCGAUGGCUUCAGUUUCAGGAGUGAGUGAUGGAAGGAAAAGUCGAUUUCAGAUAGAGCAACGGAACAACUCAGCAAUCGGUCAUUAUCAUUCAGCGAUUGAGAUGAAAUUGGUGACUCCAGUUGGAUCGAUUACAAGUGGUCAAAGACAGACCUCACUCCAUCGAUUGAGUCAAGUGCCCGGGUUGACGACAGCGCUCGGAUUAUCAUCAAAUGUUCGAAAAAGCGAACCAAACAACAAUGGGAGGGAUUACGGUAUCUGUUUGAUGAAAGAAAUGGAAACUCCGGGGAUUCGUCUCCGCUCCUCAAUCAAUCCAUACGAGAAAUUCGAAAAAACGAAAUCCCCAAUGAUUUCUGAUGAUAGUUUAUUAGUU